CAUACGAUUCACAGAUUACAUAGUUACUUUGUUUACUUAAGUUUAAACCUUCAAACAAACAGGAGUUUUAUAUUUGUUUCAUACUGGUAAUGUUAUGCAUAACUUGUUUACGGGCUUUGGGCAAUUGGAUGGGCGAGAUUUGUUGAGCUGUUUAAUUUAGCUGACAAUCAUUUAGAGGCACUAACAUAUUUAAGUUGAAUCAAAGGUAAAGGGAUCCUUAGCUGCCGUGUUUGUGAAAAUUAAUUUAGUAAAAUGGCAACCUUUUCACAAUCCUCCUUAGACAAGGGAUCUGACAUUACAAAAAGCUUUUCACAAUCCACCAUUGACAAGGGAUCUGACAUGAUCCAAGACUUCUUGUGCUCGACCUGCGAAGACAAAAAACUGGAUAAAAUGGCUGAUUUCUACUGUGAAUCUUGUGUGAAGUUUUACUGUGGAGAGUGUGUUAACAUGCACAACAAGUUGUUUACAAAACAUACCCCCUGUGGAAGAGGAGCUAUGAAGAAAUGGCCAGUGGCCAAGAAGAUUGAAGAUUUUCUUCUGAAAUGUGAUAUUCAUAAAGAAGAAAGCCUGAAAAUGUAUUGUGAUGAUCACAGUGAGCUGUGCUGCACAAAUUGUGCAUUCCUUAAACACAGACUCUGCCCACAGGUAACUUUUAUAUCAGACAAAGUAAAAGUUCAGUCCACAGACUUUCAAAAACUGUCAGUUUCUAUCAAAACUAUACUGGAAGAAAUAAACAAACUUGAAGACAACCAAAAGGCUAGCAUUCAAUAUGUUCAAAGUUCAUAUGAUGAGCAGUUAUACACGAUACAGGAAACUCGCCAAAAAAUAAAUUCAGCCUUAGACACAAUUGAACAGAAGACACUGACGGAAAUGAAAGAUAUUCUGACCAAACUACAGACCUCUUCCAAAAUUGCUGUUGACAAAUGUAUCAGGCUUCGGGAUGAAUUGCAACAACUUCGAGACGCAAUACAGGAUAUAAGUGAUAAAAGCAAACUGGAACUAUCCUUUAUAGCCACCAGGAAAUGCAUGGAUAAAAUACAGCAGUCUGAAACCUAUCUGAAGGAAAAUUCUCUUCAGGCUAAAGUUUCAAUAACAUUCCAGCCUAACCAUGAAAUUAUACAGUACUUGUCUAAACUGUCUGGUCUUGGACAGAUUGAACACAGUACUCAGACAUUGAUGGGACAAGGGAAUCCAAACAAGGUAAUCACUGUGCAGGGGAAGUCUGAACACAAUGUGAACAUAUCAAGUGAUUCACAAAAAUGCAGUAUCACAGCCAUCUGUGUUCUACCAGACAGAAAGGUCCUGGUUGUAGACAACGAUAAUGCGAAUGUCAAGCUUCUUGACCAGCAGUACCAGGUGGUGAGUCACUGGAGUGCUACUGGCUGGCCAGUGGGUAUGUGUGAGAUCACACCCAGUGAGGUGGCUGUGACUCUUGAUUGUCGAGAUACAAACACACAUAAGGUCCAGUUCAUCACAGUAAACAACAGGCAGCUGGUCAAGGGGAAAAAGCUUCAGUUUCAACAUACAUGUAGUGGUAUUGCCUUCCACCAAGGAGACCUGUAUAUUACUUCUAGAACUGCCCUGUACAUGUACACACUCAGUGGGAUAUUUGUCAGCAAGAUGUAUGAGGAUACAUCAGGUGAUCUGACAGUAGACAGGUGUGCUGUGAGUCCCACAGGGGACAAGUUGUACAUCAAUAACUACAACAAACACAAGCUUCUUAUCCUGGCCAGGGAUGGGUCAGUCCUGGUCACCUUUACUGACCCAGCAAUGGCCUGCCCAACUGGUGUAAAUGUGACACCUUCCGGGCAAGUGCUGGUAUGUGGAGGCCUAUACCCCAACUACUAUAUCAUACAGUUGGACAGUGAGGGAAAAAGGAAGCUGGCCACUCUUGCUACGGAGAAGGAUGGAAUAUGUAACCCAUGGUCAGUCUGCUACAACAGACACACCGCCUGCAUAAUUGUCGGACUUUUUAGAAACAAUAGUAUCCAGGUGUUCAAAGCACAAUAGUGUUAUUUAACAAGCAUCUUGUUUUAUUAUUCAGAUUAUUCAAAUUGGCCAUGAGAAUAUGCUGUUCUACAAUUAGAGCAUUGUGAUAUGAUACCAUAACAAUGAUAGUAUUAAUAAAGAGUAUAUGUGAACAUUAUAAGUGCUAUGCAUGUAUUAAGUUGUUAAAUCUAUGAAAAUUCUUUGUGUAUUUCUAUUUCACUUAACACGUGAAAAUGAUUUUAGUUUAGAGAAUAAUUUAUGUCAUUUACCUGACAUCAAAAUCGCACUCGAUUUAUGUAUAUUGGCUUUCAUGUUUUUAACAUACAUUACAAACGUAUAGAAGAUUACUUGAAAUUUGUUUAAUCCUUGGUUUUGAAAUAUGAUGAAAAUUGUUGUUUCCUGCUUUGAAAACACCUUUCUUUAAAAAUUGGAAAGACCUUUUCUCAGGUUUGGAUCAAAAUUAAUACCAAAUGAAAUGUUCAAAUAUUCUCUUCCAGUUCAAUUAAAUGAAUAAAUGUUAAUUCAGCAUCGGUUAAUAUGAAAAUUAUAGCGAUGCAGCAUUUUGCAAUUUUUUAACCCGAGUUUAUAGUGCGAAGCUGUUCGAACAAGAAUUUACACUAUCAAGACAUUUUGUGUGUGCCCCUUUAUAUUUUCCAGAGUGUUUAUUUUGGUGUUCUUAUAUAAAACAAUUAGAAUUUUAUCAUAUACCCUGUUUCCUAUUUAAUACAACCAUAAAAUAUUAUUUUAAAUUACACAUGUGUAAGACAACAUUUUAAAUGUUUUCACUGGCUUAGUUUUUGUUUAUUGACCAAUCGCAUUUUGUUAUUUUGCUGAAAUGACGUUGCAACGUCAAAUGACGUCACGAAAUGUAAUCAAAAUUCGGGAUUUAUCAUUAUGUUUGCGUAAAUAUUUAUUUAAUUCGAUCAUUUAAAAGCAUGUGAUAAAAAAGAUCCGACACUCGUUGUCAUAUUAAACCAUAUUUUAUUUAACGCGUCCAGGAAAUUUGUCAAAGGCUCGCUUACUAACAAAAUUCCUAAACUCGUUUAAUAAAAUAUGGUAUAAUAUGACAACUUGUGCCUGAUCACAUAUAUAUAUAUAUAUAUAUAUAUUGCAUUCUGUGAAAUAGUAUAUGUUAUAACAUAUAGUUCUUCCUCACUCUUCCCUACCCUGAUAUAUAUGCACUUACAUUAUAAAAAUUCAUAUAAUUGUUUUUUUAUAAUUGAUAUUCAAAGAUUUUAAAGUAAUGAGUUUCACAUAAGCCAAAAUUACAACAGUGCAUUCAUGUAGAAUUAAGUAGCUGCAAGACAUUUAAGAAAUACCAAUAGUAAGAACCAGUUUAAUUGAUCUUAUUAAAAAUAAUAUGCAAUAAACAUAAAUUGAUUACCAUUAGUCUUUUGGCAUGAAUUCUCCGGUUUUAAAUAGUAAUGAAAUACAAUGCAAUCAAUUUUAAUUAAGUUGGAUAUAUUCCAAGAUAACAAUUACAUGCAUGAACAGGUAAAUUAAAGAUUGGCUCCCUAACAAGUCUAAAACAAUGUUCCAGUAAACAUCAAGAAUAAACUUA